GCUAACCUCGUGUGUUCAACGAGGCUAAAUCGUUCAGUUUUUUGUUUCAAACGAUUCUCAGCUCUGUUAGCUGCGAACGUUCUGAUAAUGGAACAAUCCAAUCUUCAUGACAAGCUUUUCUCAAGAGGAAGCGUCACUCCACCUCCUUCAACUCAUCUUGAUUCAUUGUUUCAAUCUAUCACAACUCACGGAAAUUCAGCCCCUGCUACUCCAAGCAUGAUUGCUGACGAUGAUUCAGCUUCAGCUCCAGCUGUCUCUGCAUCUCCAGCUGAUAGGCAGAGUGCUCUCCUUUCCAUGUUGUAUCCUGCUGCAACCCCGACAUCUGCUAUGAGACCACUUCAACAGUCUCAGCAAAUUCCAUCUCCUCCUGCUUCCUCUAUAAGAUCAGGUCAAUCACCUUCAAAUAGCAGCGAAACUCAAGGAAAGAUCCUCCUAGAACAGCUCAUGGGUACCGCUCCCCGCUCUAAUUUUUCGGAGCCUCCUCCACAACAAAUGUCGACUUUGCCCCCUGCCGCCAGUCCCCAGUUCCAGUCCUCUAUGGGACAGUCGUCCAUGCCGCAGUCUUCUAUCGGAGACACUUACCAUAUCAAUGAGGGCCCUUACAUCCCACAAGAGCAGCCCAGGGAUACACAACCCAUCCCCCAGCCCCAGCAGCUCACGCCCUCUCCCCGCAAGUCCAUGUUCGAAUUUGUUUCUCCUUUCGAUGCUCUUGACUCCACCUCCACCGUAAAGAAGAAGCCUGUCGCCGUAGGUUCCGGAAGUGCAUCCAGCACAAACGAGGAUUCGUGGACAUCCGCUUCCCUAGGCUCUCUCAACGACCCGAAGCGCAAGUCGGUCGAGAACCUUAUGGACCAGUUGACUAGGUCCCAGCAGUCCUAUCCCUCUGCACAGGCUCCAUCUCCUACCUAUGACCCUUAUAGCACCACAGAUGAGUAUUCCCAGGUGGAAUCACAGCCGACCCCUCAGCAACAGUCCCUCCAACCUCGUACUAUGCCCCCGCCCCCUCCUCUUCCUCCAAAGCCUGGCCGUGCGUCGCCCCCUAGGGGCUCUCCCCCGAAGCCUGCUGCACAGCAGCCACGUCCACAGCCACGCCCUGUCGAGUCACCUCUCGGUCAGGCUCCUAUCCUGCCUGCGAGGCGAGACAAGGACGUCUCACCUGGCCCUCGCAACACCUGGAAGAAUGAACCCAGAGGCAAAGGUCCUGCCAAAGGAAAGGUACAGACGAGUCCGAGCUCGCAACCUCAAACUAUCGUAUUCGAUGUAUCGCAGCCGCUGGACGACGUGCAGGCUCCUAGAGACGCUGUGAAAUCUACCGCAAUUGCUUUGGUCAAGCAGGACUCUGUGUUCUUGCCUGGUACGACCAUUGGUGCUACUCAUUGGAUUGCGUAUGCCAUGACCAAGGGCCGUGUUCGUGUCAUUUCGCGGUCGAGCGGUGAUCGCACUCUACUUCAGCUGCCGACCGUCUUUGCACCUUCUACGUCGGUCAUUGAUAUGGCUGUGUACGGUAACAGGCUGGCGGGCGUCACCUCCGAUGGUGGAUUUGUCGUGUGGGAACUACCUGAGGUCAUCACCGAUGAUGUACCCGGACGACUAUUGUUGUGCAUCGUCCCCAGCGCUGACGCGGACCCUCUUCACUCCGUAAAAUGGCACCCUAAACAACCCGACACUCUGGCAGUGGCUUCUGAGACUAAAAUGUAUUUACUUGAUCUAGCGGACGCUGCGCGUACUUUUAGAGGAGAGCCUUUGCCACAAGUUGAAUUGAACCGUAUUUCUCAAGUAUUUUCGGUGCCAUCGCGCCUGGUCGCGUUUGAUUUCGAUGUUCCUCAUUUCGCGCUGGCUACUAUUUCCGAGGACUCCACUCUCACUCUGUGGAACGUCCAUGACAAGAUGCCUUUCUGGACCCACCGCGUUCGCGGCGAUGACGUCCCCUCAUCUUUGACAUUCAUCGACGAUGGUAUCGUCAUCGGGAGGAGGAACGGCACCGUGUUCCAGCUCCUCUCCGUCAUCACCAAGAACGUCCUCUCCACGUUCAGGUUCGUCAACGGAAGCAAAGAAGACCCCGAUAUGUUCGGACAUGUCAACUACGACUCCCGAAUCCAGACGCUCUGGGUUGCCAACAACCGGCGCGACAGUCUUAUUGCCUUGCGCAUCGGGUUCGACGUCAGCGCCUCGUCUUCGGGCGAACUUGUUCGCGGCGGGUUCUUCGAGCAAGUCGUCGAGUUCUCCGGGCCGAAACCGACCAUCCACUUUGUGAUACUCUCAGCAGAUGCAGACCCCACGGGCGAUGAAGCGCAUGCGGCAUGUGUAGCUGCUAAACUCCCACCCGGUGACCUCGCGCUCGUCGCGUUCUCCGUGCAUUCUACUGGUGUCGAUCAAGUCCUGAUUAGGAAAGAGUGGUACGAUGCGGCUGUGCUGAACGCUCCUGGAAAGUUCCCGCCUUAUAUGCCUGCGGCCCCCGUGGAAGCAAAGGGUACGGGGCGUCAGAUGCCUCCUGCGCCCGCGAGCAUCGGUGGACCUGGGCCUGGGCCUGCUCCUGUGCCAGCCACACAGCCCUCUGUGUCUGGGUCCGGAAGCGUUAUCCCACCUCGUACACUCCGAACCCCUCCCUCCGAAGAACUCGAGGGUGAUAUCGCACGUGAUGAAGUCCGUGCGCAGGAAGGCAAGGGAAAGAACGUCCGAGGGAAGAACGUGGCGUUUAGGGAUCGCGAAGCUGCGAAUUUAAACUUGAAGGAAGCGGAGAAGUUGACGAGCUUCAAGGGCGAUGUGGGCACUAGUAGUGAUACUGGGAUUGCACUAGUCGUCACUAAGGAGAUCAAAAAGAGCGAGGAGAGCUUGCAUACGCGUAUUGGACGGUUGAUUGGGAAGGAGAUGGAUAAGCAACACCAACGGAUGGAAGAAGCGCGCGUCCAAGAGCAGGCUGAGGAUUUCAAUCGACAGGAAAAAAUUCUGAAGUUGAUAUCGACGGAGCUUACGAGGAAUACCACGAGGGUUGUCGAGAUGGCUGUCAAAGCUGAAGUCCAGAACUCGGUGUUGCCUGCGCUGGAGCAUAUCACGAGGACGGAAGUCCGGGCUGCUCUUAAUGAGCAUGUUGGGAGAGGUUUGACUGAGUUCAUCCAGAAUAGCCUUCCGAAUGAGAUCGAGAAGCUGCUUUUGCGCCCUGAUAUUUCGAACCAUUUCGCUAGUAUCCUCUCGACGAAUCUGAACCCUCUUAUCGAGCGGUACAUCAAGGACUCUGUCACGAAGAACAUCAUCCCUACGUACUCUCAGCAGACUUCGGCUAUGCACCAGGAUAUCCUUCGGGAGAUGAGGGCGGAGAUUUUGAAUGUGAAGAAGGAUUCCAUGUCAUGGCAGACUGAAGCUGCGCGGAGCCAGGAGUCCUUGAUCAGAGAUCUUGAGCAUUCCGUCAGGAUGCUGUCCGACCAAGUCAAGUUCUUAUCGCUGAACUCAGUUGCAAGCCAUCGGAUGGCAACUGGCGGUUCUCCCGUUCCUAGCGUCUCAAACAUGAGUUCUAUGAGUCAAGGCAUGCACCGCUCCCAGAACCUCCCUCCCGCAACGACGCAGGCCCCAGUAUAUGGCUCCCAAUCCCUUGGUUCGUUCGCUCAACAACCACAACCGACGCAAAUGCACACACACGCUACGUGGUACCCUUCGACGAUCGCUGCGCCUCAAGCGUCCCACCCCAUCGCGCCUCCCCAACCGCCUCCCCCACCACCGUUGUCCCAGCGGUCUCCUCCUGCUCAGCAUGAUGCAUGGGAAGACACGUAUAUGGCGGUUCUGGGGACACAGGAUCCGAAGCAGCUGAGGGAGCUCCUUGCGAGGUCGAGUCCGGAGGUUGUGAUGCCUAUGGACCGGAAGGGGCCGUUGUCUAUGGCUGUUAUUUUGUCGAUUUUGCACCGGCUCGCUACUAUAAUUGCGGAGACGCCUCCUGUGGACGAAGCCUUCAAGUCGUCUUUAUGGUGGAUGCAACGCACUGCUACUGUUUUGAAUAUUAACGAGCCUCUAAUCGCUCCAUACGUCGCGCGAGUAGUCCCGAACGUGAAGGCUACGCUGAAUACUACCAAGCAGCGAUUGUCGAUUCUCCCUGGUGGUCCUCAGACAAUGGAUGCGGCGCGGACCAUUUCCGAGAUUCUGGAUAUUCUGGGUCGGAAGAGCGUGUCUACGCCGCAGGGGGGUCUUUAAGGGUUGAUUCUUGUCUCUAAGGGUCGUCCUUUGUCUCUGAGAAGGCUGCCCUAUUCGCAUGCACACAAAAACAUGCAAACAUAAUCCAACGUGAUGCACGAUGCACGAUCACCACCAUUCUUUUUACACCAUUUCUUUUCCCUAGCGACGAUAAAUGUUACGAAUGCCUCUAGGCUCAUGAAAUUUUUCCUACGCAUGUUUUUGUUUUUGGUGCUGACUGCUUGCUGCUUCGCUGACUGUUGACUGCUCUCGAUGAUACGUACCUAUCAUACAUACUUCGUGUUUCGUUUGUUGUAGUGCAGAUUUGAAUCACAUGUCAUGAUAAUUCUC